GUGUCAAAAAUUCACGCCCCUAGCUUUUAUGUGUCCAUAAACGUCCUCUUUUGUCGAUCGAACCGACUGUUGUUUUUAGGGUUUGUUCUUUCUAUCCUAGUCUUCUACUCGUGCGCCUUCAUUCAAAACCCUAAUCGCCGGUCAGAUCUGAGCAACAUAUUUGUUGAGAAAAGCUUUGGUCGCCGUUUCACUUUACCAGCUAAUUUUCAUGUCUGAACUCGACCUCCAGAUUCCCUCUGCUUUUGACCCGUUUGCUGAAGCUAGUGCUGAGGAUUCCGGUGCUGGGUCAAAAGAGUACGUUCAUAUUCGCAUCCAGCAACGCAAUGGUAGGAAAAGUUUGACAACUGUGCAGGGUUUAAAAAAAGAUUAUAGUUACAAUAAGAUUUUGAAGGACCUGAAGAAAGAAUUCUGCUGCAAUGGCACUGUUGUUCAGGAUUCUGAACUAGGCCAGGUCAUUCAGCUUCAAGGUGAUCAGAGAAAGAACGUCUCUAGCUUUCUUAUUCAGGCGGGUAUAGUGAAGAAGGAUCAUAUCAAGAUUCAUGGUUUCUGAGCUGCUGCUGCCACUGGUUUUGUGAGGUUGUGAUUAAGGGUCUGUUUGAUACUUGUAUUAGAUCUAGUACCAGGAUUAUGAAUUGUGAAGAAUAAACAUAUUGUAAUAAUCACUUUGUGCUGUAUUUGAUAUUUGUGAGCUUGGAUUUUACUUUAGUUUCUGUUUAUUUUUAA